AUGGGGUCUGUUUUAGGCAAAAUAGCGGUAGAAACACCGCAAUUUGAGCUUCUGAAACGCACUGAUAGCUACGAGAUACGAAAGUACGGUCCUUUGGUGGCUGCGGAGGUUCGUGCCUCAGAAGUUUUCGCGGGUCAAGAGCACAAAGGCAACAAGCUUGACAGUACCGGGUUCCGGCUACUAGCAAGCUAUAUUGGUGCGAUCGGAAAACCUGCAAAUGUUGCUGUGAGCGGCGAGCGGGCUGAAUCCAUCGCUAUGACUUCACCAGUGGUUAACCAACCAGAGAAAAUUGCCAUGACGGCGCCUGUUGUGAGCCGCGCUGAAAAGGUUGCAAUGACAGCUCCGGUAGUCACGUCAGACACAACAGAAAGCGGUUCUCGCAGUUCAGCAGGAGGGUUGCGCGGUCAGUCUGGCGCAAUGAAGACCGAAGAAGGUGGCGUCAUGGCUUUUUAUCUGCCAAGCAAAUACAGCUCCGUUGAAAGCGCUCCGAAGCCACUUGACGAGCGUGUCCAUCUGGUCCAGAUUCCACCGCGAAAGGUUGCCGUGGCUAUUUUUAGCGGAAACACAGACAUGCGCCGGUCAAGGACACAGGCAGAGGAACUUUUUGCUGCUCUGAAGGUGGACCAGAUUCGGAUGAAAGGAGAUCCGGCAUCCUUGGAUGAUGCAGUAUGGUGGCUAGCACGGUACAAUCCGCCCUGGUCACUUCCCUGGACAAAACGUAAUGAAGUUCAUAUCGAACUCGAAUCAUGA